AUGACGCUAUCCAAGCAGCUAGCUAAUGACGUGGAGCUGGAAGAUUUUGUAGAUUCUGGCAGCGAUGAGGUCACGAUGAAGCCCACCAAGCGGGGAAAACAGACAUCGCCUGGUUCUCAGCCACCCAAGAAACCCAGGCUUACAGCUGCGUUGACUGUGACAUCCAGCUUCAACAGUAGCGCCAUUCCUGCUCCUCCAGACCCAUCCCAGCAGCAGCACUCCCGAGGGACACACAGGCAGGCUUCUCCCAGACCUGUGUCGACACUGAACAAGGGGAACCAAGGCAUCAGUGCACAGGAUAUCUAUGAUGCUGUCUGCUCUGGAAAGAGUGCCAUGGUGACGGUGGUGGAUGAGUGGCUGGAGAGCUACAGGAGAAGCCAAAAGGUGGGGCUACUGGUUCUCAUCAACUUCGUUGUUCGGUCCUGCGGAUGCAAAGGUGUGGUUAGCAGAGAAAUGUUUGACAGCAUGCUGAACGCUGAGAUAAUCGCCUCAUUAACCAAAGACUUUAAUGAGGUUUCAGUGACCUACCCUAUGUGCACCCCAGGCCCGCAGCUGAAGCGUUUCAAAGCCGGCCUGUGCGAGUUUGUUCGGGUUCUGGUGCGCUCUUGUCAAAAUAGCAUCAUUUAUGAUGAGUACCUCUUCCCCUCUCUGCUGGCCCUGCUCACCGGCCUGUCUGACUCACAAGUCAGGGCCUUUAGACACACCAGUACCCUGCUUGCCAUGAAGUUGAUGACUGGGCUGGUGGAAGUAGCUCUGAAGGUGUCUGGUCAGCUGCAGACCGCCCAGCGGCAAUACAACAUGGAGAACAGCAAGAGGGCGCAUGACAGAACCCCUGACAGAGUGGUGAAGCUGCAGGCCACCAUCAGCGAGCUACAGGAGAACAGGGAGCAAUUGACCUCCAUGAUGAACUCCACAUUCCGUGGUGUGUUUGUGCACCGUUUCCGAGACCGGCUGCCCGAGAUCCGGGCAACUUGUAUUGAAGAGUUGGGCAUGUGGCUGAAAAUGGACCCUGAAGACUUUCUCAGUGAUGGACAUCUUAAAUACCUGGGGUGGACCCUGUAUGACAAGCAAAGUCCAGUGCGUAUGAAGUGUGUUCGAGCCCUGCAGGAUCUGUACAAGGAGAAGGAAUUCAUUGGCGGCCUGCAGCUUUUCACCAGCAGAUUUAAAGAGAGGAUGCUCAGCAUGGUGCAGGACAAGGACCCAGACGUGGGACUGGAAGUAGUCAGUCUGUUACAGCUGAUCCAACAGAGGACAGAGGAAGGCCUGACAGAAGAGGAGUGCGGCUACAUCUAUCCCCUGGUUUACGCUUCACACAAAGGCCUGGCAUCUGCAGCUGGCAGCUUCCUCUACAACAAGCUGAAAGAUUUGAUCACCAGUGACUACCAGGAGAAUAAUAAAAGUGUCAACACAACCUUCCUUCAAAUCCUCAUCUCAUUCUACAUCCAGAGCGAGUUUCAUGAGCAUGGAGCGUACCUGGUGGACAGUCUGUGGGGUGUGGCAGGAUCGGAGCUGAGAGACUGGGAGACCAUGACAGCAUUACUGCUAAAUGAUUCUGGUCUGAUGUAUGAGGAAGAGGGGGCUCUCAUAGAGCUGAUGAUGUGCUCCAUGAAACAGGCAGCCAUGGCGACCCCACCUGUUGGGAGAGCUCAGGGCAAAAAGAUCUUGAGCAUGAAGGAUAAGAAGGUCCAGAAACAAGACAAGAGACGAAUCACCACACACUUCAUUCCUCUGCUGCCGCAGCUGCUGAUCAAGUACUCGGCAGAUGCAGAUAAAGUCAGCUGCCUUCUGAAAGCUCCCCUCUACUUUGACCUGGACAUUUACACCAGCGUUCCGCGCCUGGAGAAGCAUCUGGAUCUGCUGCUGUAUCAGACGUGUGGUAUUGUGAAGAAGCACACAGCGCUCGCAGUGUUGGAGGCUUGCGCCCACCUGGCCAACACCCUCAGCUCUGACCGCUACACCUUCUCAUCCCAUGCACACCUGGCAUUCAGCCAGCUGAUGGACGGCCUGAUGGAGUGCUUCAGCACAAACUCAAGGGACCUGCUGCAGGGUACUGCAGAUGACAUUGCUGUAUACAGUGCAGCAACUGCCUUGAAAAGGAUUGCAGCCUUGAGCAGUGCAAAGAACUCGACAAGCUUGAAACUGUUUGACUCCUGCCUUGAGCUUCUGAAGAGCAGGUUGGAGUCCCGAGAGCUCAACGAGGAGCUCAUGGUGUCGGCUCUGAAGUGUGCCGCCUUUCACCUGAUGUGGGCUAAAGUGAAUGUAGUCAACUCGACGCCAGAUAAGGCUGAACUGAAGCGUCUGAAGAAGAACAUGCAUUCGUUCUGUAGAGCUUGUCAGAACUGUCUGUCUUCAGACCAGACUGAGAUCAGAGAUCAUGCGUUUGAGCUGCUCUGUGACCUGCUGCUCUUGUACAGUGAGAGCUCAGUCCGCUCUAAAUCAGCCCUCCAAACACUGUUUCACCUGCCGUCUGAUUCCCUGCGCUCUGACAUGGCCGCUUUCCUUGUGGACUAUGUCUUCUCCGAAGAUAAUGAGGUCAAUGAUGAGGGUGAUGAGCUGAAGAUAACUGCUUUCCAUCGGAAGCGCAACCAGCUGGCUGGCUACUGUAAGCUGGUCAUCUACGGGGUGCUGGACCUCUCUGCUGCCACCGAAGUCUUCAAGCAAUACAGCAAGUACUUUAAAGACUUUGGUGACAUCAUUAAAGAGACUUUAAGCAAGAGCAAGCUCAUCAGUCCAGUGCAGAGCGCCAAGACUGUCUGUCUGAGUCUGCAGCAGCUGUUCUCAGAGAUGCUUUCGGAGGAUGACAGCAGACAGGAUCUCAGUGAAAUUAGGAACUUGGCCAAGAGGCUUGCCAUGAGCUUUGGUGUAGGUCUUCAUCGUGUUCGUGAACCUCUGGUGGCCCUGCACAUGGACGGUAUACGUUUUGCAUUUCGGGACUCACAGGAGGGAGAAGAGCAGUACCCGAACGUGGCCUUCCUGGACAUUCUCAGCGAGUUCAGUUUCAAGCUGUUGAAACAGGACCGCGCACAACUGGCUGCAUUUCUGAAGUCAGAGUGUCCCAGUGCUGCCCUCUCCUGGCCAUCAGUCAGAAUGUAUCAGCGUUCCUUGCAUAUCGGCUCUUCUACUAAACCCCGACAGCAGGAGGAGAGAGGUUAUGCCAUCUCUUCACGUGAUACCCCUGCACCUAAACGCAAGAGGGCCACUGCCAAAGGUUCAGUGUCCAGCACAGUCGGAGGAUCCUGGUUGGACAGCAGCAGUAUCUACAGCAGCUUGCACACACCAGCCCUCACCUCCACCAUGCAGAGACAGCCAGCCUCCAGGAAACCCAGAGAAUCUGAUUUUGGCAGCAACUUAACUGAGCUGGAGUCUGAGGACGAGUUUUCCUCAGAAUUGCAGAUGCGAAGGGUGAAGCCCAGCAAACGCUGCCGGUGCAUCUCCAGCGAGACCAGCCCCGCUAUGGAUGAGCACAAUCUGAGCUCCCACUUCACCUUACUGUCUCUGUUUGCGGACGGCAGAGAAGAACGAGAGGAACCUGAGACUGAGGAUUAUGAAAGUGACUCUUUUUCACAUCAGUCCGCCACAUGUCACACCGUAGCCAGUGUUCUCGAUGAGCUCUUUGAGUGAGAGCGGAGGCCCGGACCGCCCUGGAUGCAUCAGUUCUGUUCAAUACAUCUCUUCAACGAUGCUGCGUUUUUGUUGGUUUAAGUACAUGUGAGAGUACUAAGUAUGAGGGACCACCUGUUCUUCUAAAUGAACCCCUUUACUGAGUUCAUUCCAUUUGUUUCCAUUCACUGUUAGGGACGUUUCUUUUGAACAAUAACUACACCAAAUGUAUUAAAAGAAAUAUGCUGAAGUUCAGUUAGAUGCCUGUAGGCUGGCAGUAAGAUGAACACCUCUUUCUGCGUUCCACAUUUUGGAUUCACUUUCGUUGUUUUUGGCGCUGUUGUUGGCAGCAGCUUUUUGAACACUUGGUAAUUUGGUGUUUAUUAAACAAUGCUUAAUUGAG